AUGAUAAAUAUAAGCUAGGUUAAUAGCUAAGUAUUCAUAAAGCAAAGAAAACCUCAAUGUUCUUCUCUCAAAAUGCGCUAUAAAGAGAGAGUAAAUCUUAAGAAAUACAGUUUAGGAAAGAGCAUGGAAUGAUAGGAUUAUUAAAUCGGAAUAAAUCUUGCAUUUAAGAACUAAAGAGAGUUUGAAUAAGAAGAGACUGCCAAAACUAUAAAACACUACAGCAAUAAUCGUUUAAAAAUAUAUAAACAUGCAAAAAAAUCAACAAGAAUCAAUUGAAAUUGUAGAAUGUGAACAAAAAAUAGUUGAGACUAAAUUAGACUAGUUGAGAUAACUUUACAAAGUUUAUUGUAUUCCUAAAAUCCAUUAAGUAUAAUAUUUAAGUUUAUUUUCUUAAGAAUCUAUUUAAUACAAUAUUAGAAGCAUCCUCAAAUAAAAGAGCAGUUGUGGAAGAGGAACUAAAUCUAAUGAAUAAAAAAUUAGCCCCAAUACAGCAUUGUAUGUUUGUAAUUACAGCCAGAGAGAACUGUUUUAAAUAAGUUUUUGCUUUGUUAAAACAGAAUUAAACUCAAAUUGACUU